GCAUACGAAACCAGUUAUGAUGUCAAACCAGCGAUCCAACGCAAAUUCGGUAUUCGACGAUACGACAGUUUCUACAAACUCAUUUGUAGAAGCGGAAGUAACCCGUAAAGAAGAAGACCCCUGGAGUCUGACAGCGGAAAUUGCGAAUAGUCAGCCGUGGUCAGAGCUGAGUGCAUGUGGGACGUUAAAACGCGUUCUGUGGGUUGUAGUCCGUGUCAUGCUCGUGUUAGGAUUUCUCUACAUGUUCAUCUGUUCACUCGACUUCCUGAGCUCCGCGUUCCGGCUUUUGGGAGGAAAGGCAGCCGGAAAGGCCCUGAGUGACGUGGAACUGCUGACCAAUCCGAUUGCAGGAGUUACAAUCGGAGUGCUGGCGACUAUAUUAGUUCAGAGUUCAUCGACGUCCACGUCCAUUGUUGUGUCCAUGGUUUCUGCUGAUCGUACGUUUACCAAUUCCCACGUCAUAUUCUCGAUAAGUGGUUGUCAAGCGUUUAUCAUCGGCCGUCCUCGUAUUUGUUAUCUUUUAACUGAUUGGUUGUUAUUUGUUCCUACUGAAGUACUGACGGUAAGGCUUUCUAUACCAAUCGUCAUGGGUGCCAAUAUCGGGACCACCAUCACCAACCUGUUAGUUUCGCUAAGUCAAGCCAGUGACAGAACCACCUUUCGGCGAGCUUUCGCCGCUGCCAACAUCCACGACAUGUUCAACUGGCUCACCAUGAUGGUGUUUUUGCCGCUAGAGGUCGCUACUGGUUACUUGUACUAUCUUUCUGGAGUUCUGGUGGCAAACAUUGAAAAUGACCCCGAUUUAGAUUUGAACGUCAUAACUCGAAUCGCCAAAGGAGAUAAUGUAACGGGCAGCCUCAUCAAAUUCUGCUGUAAAAAGAUUCCUAUAGAUAAUGACACGCUGACAACAACUGCAUUAACGAAGGUCAAUACUUCUUUCAGUGACGAUCUUCCACUAUACAGGUGCGAACAGAAAUGCGAUCAUCUGUUCUCCCACACUGAGCUAAGUGAGACGGAUGUUGGGUUGAUCAUCUUGUUUGUCGCUCUGGUAAUGCUGGCUGUAUGCCUUAUCCUCAUUGUGAAAAUCCUCCAUUCGUUGUUACAUGGAUCCAUUGCCAGCAUUAUUAAAAGGGUCGUCAACGCAGAUUUUCCAGGGUACGCCAAAUUCUUGACCGGUUACUUUGCCAUCUUGAUUGGUGCGGGCCUGACAUUUUUGGUGCAGAGCAGCUCUAUUUUAACGUCGACCUUGACCCCCCUUGUCGGACUUGGCGUCAUCCACAUAGACCGGGUUUUCCCUCUCGCCCUUGGAGCCAACAUCGGCACCACGGCAACGAGCAUCCUAGCAGCUUUGGCUUCGGAUGGCGCAGGAAUCCAGAACUCGUUACGUAUCGCUUUCUGCCAUUUGUUCUUUAAUAUUUCCGGUGUUCUGCUUUGGUACACUCUUCCGUUUAUGCGAAAGAUCCCCAUUGGCAUAGCCAAAACCCUAGGAGGAGUUGUGGCGGAGUACAGGUGGUUUGCCGUCGUGUACGUGAUGUUUGUUUUCAUUGUAUUCCCCGUCACUGUGCUUGGUUUGUCUGUUGCCGGCUGGGAGGUCGUGGUCGGUGUCGGCUGUCCCGUCCUUGCCGUCGUCAUCUUUGUGGUGAUCGUCAACGUCUUGCAAAGAAAAGCCAACUCUUGUCUUCCAACACGACUACGAACGUGGGAAAACACGGGACUUCCUGUUUGGCUUAGGUCUCUCCAACCUUACGAUGAGAAAAUAGUCAGUAUGCAACAUAGAUUUCGCAAAGCUGUCGGCAAGAAAGACAAUGGAAAAAUAAAAACAAUGGAGAAUGAUCUGGAGAUGAGACGUGACGUCACACCAGGACAUGAUAAUGAAUGUUUCAACUUAGAAAUAACAGUCUUAUAAAAUGAUAUUCGGGUACCAGUCAUGGGGACAUACAUCAGGUAUAAAAUCACCUUUAACGCAAUGAAAACAUAUUCUGAUAAAUGCCGGGUGACUAAAAAGGUCCCAUUGUUAGAAGUUUAAUAGCGGGAAAAGUAGAAAACGCAGAAUAUUGAAAUAUUACACAAAAGCAUCAGUCUUUUUUUCGAUGUUGAGAAGCUUUUCAGUGGUAUAGCCUUUUUGUAUUAAGUUUUGUAUGACACGUCAUUUUAAAAGUAAGCCAUAUACUAGUAUCCAAAUAAACCUUUUACCAUCAAUACACAACAUAAGAAACUGGUAUUGUGAAAAAAAUUUGCAUUGCAUACUUCAUCCGUUAUUCAACUCUAAAACGU